AUGUAUUAUAUUUGCUCUCUUUUCCAUCCAGGAGUUCCAAAAUUUAUCUUGAUCUCUGUUCACGAUUAUAAUCUACCUUCAUUUCUUUCUACUUUCCUCUGGACACUUCGCUGGAAAGAGGAAAGCAGAAUCAGAGGUGUGGUGUUAAGACCACGGGAAGUUGAUGGCUUUGAGAUACCACUUGCUCUCAUAGGGGAACCACUUGAGAGGUUUCUUCGUGCAACUGAAAAAUUUACAAAACCAUUGAGCUCUCUUCCAGCAUCCGAUCUUCUCUUGGCCCCACCCAUUAGUGUUGAUGAUGUUGCACUUGCAGUGAUAAAUGCAGUCAUACAUGAUGAAUUCUUUGGUGUUUUCAUUAUUGAUCAAAUCAAGGAAGCUGAAGCCAAAGUGCGGGUGUGA